UGGGCGUCAAAGACACGCAGAGAAACGGGCUGCUGGUGGCGAAGAUGGCGGAUGGGGACAGCGGUAGUGAGCGCGGUGGCAGCAGCGGCGGUGGAGGGGGAGGCGGCGGUGGCGGCGGCGGCUUCCAGCACUACCAGCGGGAGCCGGAGACCCAGGAGCUGGCGUCGAAGCGGCUGGACAUUCAGAACAAGCGCUUCUACCUUGACGUGAAGCAGAACGCGAAAGGCCGGUUCAUCAAAAUCGCCGAGGUCGGCGCCGGGGGCUCCAAAAGUCGGCUGACUCUGUCCAUGUCAGUGGCGGCGGAGUUCCGCGACUACCUGGGCGACUUCAUCGAGCACUACGCCCAGCUGGGGCCCAGCACCCCGGAGCAGAUCGCGCAGUCGUCCGGCGGAGAUGACAGCGGGCCGCGGCGGGCCUUGAAGAGCGAGUUCCUGGUGCGCGAGAACCGCAAGUACUACCUCGACCUGAAGGAGAACCAGCGGGGCCGCUUCCUCCGGAUCCGCCAGACCGUCAACCGAGGCCCCGGCUUCGGAGUCGGAGUGGGCGGGAUCCCCGGCGCUGGCAUGCAGGCCGGACAGACCAUCGCGCUCCCGGCCCAGGGCUUGAUAGAGUUCCGCGACGCUCUGGCCAAGUUGAUAGACGACUACGGCGGAGACGAGGAGGAGCUGGCCGGCGGCGGCGGCGGGGCCGGCGGAUACAGCGAGCUUCCGGAGGGAACCACGAUCAUGGUGGACUCCAAGCGCUUCUUCUUCGACGUCGGGUCCAACAAGUACGGAGUUUUCCUGCGGGUGAGCGAAGUGAAGCCCAGUUACAGAAACUCGAUCACGAUACCCUUCAAGGCUUGGAGCAAGUUCGGCGGAGCGUUCAGCCGCUACGCGGAGGAAAUGAAAGAGAUCCAGGAGCGGCACCGGGAUAAGAUGUACGAGCGGCGGGCCGGAGACGAGUCCGAGGGCGAGGACGUGGACGACGACUGACUUGUGUUCAGGUUGACAACAUGAUGCAAAGCUGGAGACGAACGGAGAAAGAAAGAGAGAGAGAGGAGCGAUUAUAACGUGCAUGACGAAUCGAACUUUUAACAAUGAUAAAACGGAGUAUAAAAAAAGUAUAUUUGACUGAGAAAUUACUGUCUAUAUAAGAGAAUCGUGUUCUAAAGUUUAGGUGGAUGUGAUAGAUAAGUGAGUGCGGACGGCAGUAGUCAGCUCCCGUAUGAGAUUUCCCAUUGAUUAUAAAUAUAUAUAUAUAUAUAGAUAUAUUAUUGAUUGUCUAUUUGAUAGCCUCACACAUGUAGCCCAGCAAAUGUUUGACAGAAGCUGAAGACACAGCAGUAGUUCCACUUCCUGGUGGCGACGGUUCACCUGGCGCUGACCCUGUAGUCUGGACCAGGUGAGGAGCCUGCACCGCUCCGCGUGUGUCCCGAACACGCGCCCAGAGCCGCAGCUAUUGUGGAGCGUCUUUGGCGUGGCAGGACUUCCAUUCAGCUCCAAAGAGUCCCGUGAGGUGAUCUGUUACAAGCACAUGACUCAUUUGGAUUCCUCGGAUCAUCCAAAUGAGUCCAUCUGACCUCCCCUGCCUCCCCCCUCCCACCUCUCGCCCCCCGGGCAUCCCCCCUACCUCCUCCCCUCCUCCCGGUGCUCUGAUAGCUGAAGUGCGCUGAUGCCUGCUCACACGUGGCUUGUUGUGUCUCAGGGCCGGCAUCGAUAUUUCGGGUAUAUCAGCAUCACCUGUGCCUGCGCGUCACACUCUAGAGGUUCUGGGUGCAGCGGUGAGACGUCUGUGGCAACUGAUGAUGUCUCGCACGGCGAGCCUCUUCAGCACUACUGGUCAUGAUUUCGGGUUUGAGCUACCAUCUCAAGGAAAUUUGUGGACUUGUUUUGCGUGCGCCAUUUGGAUCCUUUACUCUUGAACUCACUGGCUGAACCCCAGUUCAGUCUGAUUGUAAAGAAAAUUAGGUGCUUUGGGGGAAACAAAAACCCACAGCAGGGUGCUUUAUCUAAAGAAAUAUAUAUAUAAAUAUGUAUACUGGAAGAGUUUUACUUACUAAAAAAUAAGUAUAGAUGAAAUUAUUUUUCAAAAGAGAUUUAUGAAGUCUCAGAAGCGAGGCGUUUAUUAGAUAACGCUGCCUAAAGUGGCUUAUUUAAACACUAAACUUGGAUGCAAACGUCCAGGACGAUAUUUCAUACCUGCUUCUUUUCCUGACAUUUCUGUUUUCCCAAUGGAAAUCUUUUUUUUUUCUUCUUUUUUUAAGAACAACACUCGGCACUCCAGUUCACUUUACCAGAGCAUCAAAGUUGUCCCCUCAUUUCAGUCCCUGUCUGUCACAGAUCGGCGUUCCAUCAGUUGCCAUACGACUCGACGAAAGCGUCUCCAGUGCUCCUCUCGAUGUUUCGUUUGCAUGCCUGCUCUCGCUGCCUUGUGUUCUUUUCUUUGCUGGUUGCUGUAUGUUGCUAUUUAUCCAUAUGCAGAGAGCAGAGUUCCAGUUUUAUUUUGUAUUUGCAAGUUUACUAUAAUUUAAAAGAAAAAAAAAGAAGCUCACAAUGUUCCCGCUUUUCUUUCUUUCUUCGGGGGAAUGUCACCUUCAUGGUCCCGCCUCUUUCUUGGUGUGUAAACCUCUCGUUGAACUUCUCCACUCCUGACACAGCAGACUAAUGCCAUAUGGAAACAAACACCUGGGAGCAAUAGUUUUCUUUUCAUUUGAUAUGAAUAUAUAUAUAUAUAGAUAUGAAACUAUUACACAUGAGAUUGAACUACA